UGGUGAACACUUUAUUAGCUCACUUUUUUUACUGGGCUUACUUAUUUUUACACAAUUUCCAUUGUGACCAAAUCAUUUACACGAUUUUAAGAAAAAAACAAACUUACCAUGUCUAUUUGUUUGAAACAGGUAACAGCUUGUUGCAUGACAAACAUGGACUAUAUCUAUAACGAAACCUGGAACAACAGAACCAAAGAUGCGUUAUCCUCAUCAUUCACUGGACUCCAGCUUCUGAUGGAUCUUAGACCUCUCUUCAUACCUCUUUAUGCCAUGCUGGUCCUCGUAGCUGUCUCUGGAAACCUCCUCCUCCUCAUCUUCAUCGGCCUGAACAAGAAACUUCACAGCACUACAAAUUUCCUGAUUGGAAACCUGGCCCUGGUUGACCUAGUGAUGUGCCUGUCCUGCGUUCCUCUGACCGCCUUUUACGCCUUUGAUGAGCGCGGUUGGAUUUUCGGCCGGUUUAUGUGCCACUUUGUUACUCUCAUGCAAACGGCGACUGUGUUUGCCGCGGUUUUAUCUCUGACUGCUAUUGCAGUGGACCGUUAUGUAGUGGUCGCCUACCCUAUUAGGCGGCGUGGAGGUCGAUGUUUCUGCACAUGUCUGGUGUUCAGCACAUGGCUAUGCGCUUUGGCAAUGUCCACCCCUACUGCUCUACACACCGUGUACCUGGAUCUGAGCGCGGCGGGCCACGAAAUGAUUAUCUGUGAGGAGUUCUGGACCGGGCAUGAGCUCGGUCGCCUAAUAUAUUCCUGUUUUUUCCUGCUCCUCUCCUAUUUCGUUCCUCUAGCAGCGGUUUCCAUCUCCUAUUGUGCCAUUUCUUGCCACCUGCAGCACAGAGCUACACCUCGGCUAAUGGCCGCCACGCCCUCCAACCAGGAAAAGUGGGGACGCAGGAGGCGCAAGACGUUCCGACUACUGCUGGUGUCCGUUCUUUCGUUCGCCUUCUCCUGGCUCCCGCUGCAGGUGGUGAAUCUCAUCCGUGACCUCGACACAGACUUUGCCAUCUUGAACAAGAAUCACGUCAAUGUUGUUCAGGUGUCGUGCCACCUGUUAGCCAUGAGCUCAGCCUGCUACAACCCCUUCAUCUACGCCUCCCUGCACAACAAAUUCCUGCUGUAUCUUUGUCAGAACAUAUUUCAAAGAAGACCUCAUCACACCCAGAGCAGCCUCACAACCUCGAGCCGUAUGAUCCGCGUACGUACUUCCAGUACUCUUGCUGACAUCCCCAUGGCCAUUAGCAAGAUCUCACAAGACUGAACCCUAACUGAGAAUCUGAGAAAAGGUGUAGAUCUGCAGGUGUGGGACUGAAGACAGAGUCUGUAUAGCUCAACUGGCAUGAAUUGACAUUAACAACCUCUGAAUCAUGGUAAAAGGUGCGAAAGUUGUCACUGGGAAGGUGCCCUUUAAAAAUACAACUUUGUAACUACACUCUUAAAAUUAAAGGUGCUUCGUGAUGCCAUCGAAUAACCAUUUUGGCUGAAUGGUUUCAUAAAGAACCUUUAACUUCUGAACAACACUAGCUGGAUUUUCAUCCAAACGUGAAGCAAAUCUUUUUAAAAUGAGC